UCGUUCCGGUGGUAUUUAACCAACGAAAGAAUGGACUUUGGAUGCUCAAAACACUAAAUGGUCGCACGUUUAUGUAAAGCUUUGUGUGCUUUACAUAAACAUAGAAGCAUCCUUCACAGCAGAUUGACCAGUAUUGUUAGUAUGAGCAGUAAAACUGGACCAGAUGAUACCAGAAAACCAUUUGUAGACAAGUAUUUUGAGUGUGCUGAAAAUGGAAACACAGAAGAACUUUCUUUUCUCCUCAAUGGUACAGUUAAUGUUGAUCAGAAGAAUGAUAAAGGUUGGACAGCAUUAAUGUUUGCAGCCAGACACGGACAGACAGAUAUUAUUAAAAAACUGCUAGAAAAAGGGUGUGAUACAAAUAUUGUCAACAAAACUGGGCAGACGGCACAAGACAUUGCACUCUUUUGGGACCAAGACAUGGCAGCUAGAUUAAUAGAGUCUCACACAAAGGAGGAAAACCCAGACCAGCAACUCAGGAACUUCUUUUCCCUGAACCUUCUGGACAGAGCUUCAGAGAAAAGAAAAGACAAAGACUGGAUACAGUCAAAGCUCAAUGAUGAGACUUCACAGUUUUUAUUAUUGUCAGAUCUUAAACCCUUUGUUGUACCCAUUAAAGAUAAGUCUUCCAAAUGGCGAUACAGACUAAGCUGGGUUGACCACAUCCAAAUUUCUUCUCACUUAGCUUCAGAUCCUGUGAUAAUUUUCUUGGGUGUAGAUAGAUCAUCUUCUCAGGCUUUAUUUGCUGUUGAUGUCUCAGGAAUGGAUGAAAGUAAAUUCACAGCCUUGCAGUCUGAGAGUUCAUUCUUGGUGCCAUUUCCCGGAAGUCUUCAGAUGGAGCCUUCUGAUGCCGGUAUCUUUGCUGAGGCUCGGUCCAUGAUGGACUGGUUGGAUCGUUACAAGUUCUGUGCCACGUGUGGAUCCCAGACAGAUAUUACAGAGGGAGGUCACAAGAGAGUUUGUAGGAACAAAGACUGCAAGUCUAACAAAGGGGUCCACAAUACUGCUUACCCUAGAACAGAUCCAUCAGUCAUCAUGCUUGUGAUAUCAGCUGAUGGAAAGAGGUGCCUUCUGGGAAGAAAGAAACAGUUUCCUCCCAAAAUGUGGUCCUGUCUGGCAGGCUUCAUGGAGCCAGGUGAGACCAUAGAAGACACAGUUAGACGUGAAGUUGAGGAAGAGAGUGGUGUAAAAGUAGGUCGUGUCGACUACCACUCCAGUCAACCAUGGCCUUUCCCUGCUUCAUUGAUGUUAGGAACCAUAGCAUAUGCUAAAACGGAGGAUAUAAAAGUAGAUGAAGAUGAAAUGGAGGAUGCUCAAUGGUUUAGGAGACCAGAAGUUGUUCAGAUGUUGACACAUCAGCACCCUCACGGAUUGUAUGUCCCCCCAGAGCAGGCAAUAGCCCACCAAAUUAUUAAAUCCUGGGUCAGAAACACUGCCAGCUCUAAUCUUUAGUGGACCCUUUAGGAUUUUUUUCACAUUUAUAAUCCUAAUCCAUAAACAGAAUCAUAUUCAGAUGGACAUACAUGUACCUCAUAUUUAUACAUGUAUAUAA